CAGCUUACUUGCGUUUCUUUUCGUCUCACUGUCAAAGAAAACGCAGAGAUAAAAAGGGCAUUUGAAGGGUAAAGGUCCACCAGAGGGGUCUAGGGUUCUCUUUUCCUCUCUCUGGAACUGACGUUCAGUACUAUCGAUGCCAGGUCUUUAUUCUUCAAACUCAGAGGUUGACUUGGAUCGACAUGAUUACCUCCAUGAAUCGUCUCCUGAGGCUCACGGGAAGCUUCUCCUACAUGAUUUGCUCGAUAUCUCGCCUAUUCUCAGUGAGGCAGCUGGUGCCAUUGUAGAUGACUCAUUCACUCGUUGUUUCAAGUCAAAUCCUCCAGAACCUUGGAACUGGAAUGUGUAUUUGUUCCCACUAUGGUGCUUGGGAGUGCUAACACGUUAUGUGGUUCUUUUCCCUCUGAGGGUUGUGCUUCUUUUUGCUGGAUGGCUGAUAUUUCUUCCAUCAUUUAGUCUAGUACAUUUUCUGCUAAGGAAGAAUGACAAGUUAAGACGACAAUUAGAGAGAUAUCUUGUGGAGUUUAUCUGUAGCGUGUUUGUUGCCUCAUGGACUGGGGUUGUGAAAUAUCAUGGACCACGGCCUAGUAUGCGUCCAAAGCAGGUGUUUGUGGCUAAUCACACAUCAAUGAUUGAUUUCAUAAUAUUAGAACAGAUGACGGCUUUUGCUGUAAUUAUGCAAAAGCAUGCAGGAUGGGUUGGACUUUUACAAAGCACUAUUUUGGAGAGCUUGGGUUGUAUAUGGUUCAAUCGUACUGAGGCCAAGGAUCGUGAAAUCGUAGUAAAAAAAAUGAAGGAACAUGUUGAAGGCACGGAUAACAAUCCACUUCUUGUAUUUCCUGAGGGAACUUGUGUCAAUAACGAGUACACAGUUAUGUUUAAGAAGACUCCUUUCGAACUUGACUGCACCGUUUGUCCCAUUGCAAUAAAAUACAACAAAAUAUUUGUGGAUGCGUUUUGGAAUAGCAAAAAGCAAUCUUUUACAAAUCACUUGCUCCGGCUUAUGACAUCAUGGGCUGUGGUUUGUGAUGUGUGGUACUUGGAACCACAGACUUUGAAACCCGGAGAAACACCUAUACAGUUUGCUGAAAGGGUUAGGGACAUUAUCGCUGUUCGAGCUGGUAUCAAGAAAGUUCCUUGGAAUGGAUACUGGAAACAUGAACGGCCUAAUCCAAAGCAUUCUGAACAGAAACAACAGGGUUUUGCUGAAUCAGUCUUGCGGCGCCUUCAGGAAAGAUGAUGCUCUCAGCAGGUGAAAUGGCAAAAAGCAACAAAAGAGGAAGCAUUUCUCUGAGGCAAUCUCAUACUUUUAGUGAAGGAGGCCCUUUUCAACUACAGAUUUCAACAGACAGCAAUCUCGUACUUUUAGUGAAGGAACCCCUUUUCAACUACCGAUUUCAGCAGACAACUUGAUUGCGGUGUAUUGUGCUACUUAUUCAUUCAAUUCCCAUCUCGGCUAUUGAUAGUCGAUGCUAGGUUAGAUUUCCCAUUUCAAUGACAGUUUUGGUUUAUUAUGAUGUGUGGCAGCAAUGACUUGACUUGUUGGAUGCAAUCUUCGGGGCAGAAUGUUUGGCCUUAUCUAA